GAUCCUGAGUCAGAACAUCAACAGCAAGAGGACGAGAGCAGCAGCAGCGGGCAUUCUCAUGAUUAUUCACAGCAGGCCCAAAACCAUUUGACAGAUACAAUCAAUGGAGCAGUAGAGGAGGAACACGACGAUGAGGAGCAAACGUCAUUAUUAGGAGUGAGAUCAACGUCAUCUCCAAAUAAAAGGCGACUUAUCGAUGUCCUCACAAUCGGUCUCGCUGUUUGUACAUUGGCACCUCUAAUUAUGAAGUUGGUCCAAUUGUUAUCAUCGCCGCCAGCCCAGUGGGACCCAGCACUCGAUCAAUGCGUACGCGACGGAUACAUAAGCUGGUUCCCUUUACCCCCCUCGAUUCAGCUUUAUGGCAAUAACCAUAACAUCUCUAUUGAAAUUGUGGGACACGUUUCAAACGGCGUUAUACAUAUCCAUCGUUCAUCUCCGAACGAUGUUUUCGAUGGUGGUGGUGUCAUUAUGUCACGCGUAAACACAUACCCUGCCGACUUGAUUUCCAAUGGUUUCGACUUCACGCAUGACUACCAUCCCGACAAGGGGACGCACUUGCUCUUAUCACUGCCAGACCGAGAAUACUACAAGUACCGUGCUUGUAUCUAUAUACAUAUCAACGUGUAUGUUCCUUUCGACUACGCACGUACGGUAGUCAUUGCAACACACAAUAUGGAGAUCAUUGUCAAUGAUGAUAUUUCCUCCGAGUUAAACCCCAUGGAUACUCUCGAAUUACGGACUGAAAAUGCACCCAUCCGGUUCAACGGCACCAGCACCCCAGCAUGGUAUGGCAAAGAUAUUAUGCUCAGCACCACAAAUAGAGAACUACAAUAUGAUGGUGGCAAUUUGCGUGCGACCGAAUCAGUGCAUCUGGAAACGUCCCACUACCCGAUUCGGCUCAAUGACGUCUCCGUUUCAGACUCUAUUCAACUAAAUUCGCUCAAUGCACCUAUCUACGCUUGGAACCUUUCGGCAAGAUAUAUUGAUGCAACCGCAACUGGUCAGCAUAAUAGCACUAUGAUUACUAUGCAAAAUGCCACAGCUCAAGGAAUUCGUGCUCAGACCAACAUCGGCGAAGAAGAACAAAAAGCAGGCUCAAUUACUCUUGAAAAUAUUAUUGCACACGAUACAAUUACGACAGACACAAACACGGGUCAUGUGUAUGCUCAACUGUUAGCCGGGUCCGAGCAUGUCAAUGCAUCCUUUGGUCCAGUAGAGAUUGUCAUGCCCGCCGAGUAUACUGGUGCAUUUAAAGCGAAAUCAUGGACGUCACGAGCCACAGUCAAAACAAUAGACAGUUUCAAGGAUGAAGAAAAUGACGAAAAUGAUGAUGAACUGAUUUUUGAAGUGAGCAAGUAUUCUGAGAAAGUCGGGUUCAAAAAGAACAAAGAUCCAGGUACUGGGGCUGUUUCCGUGAUUUCUAUCAAUGCAGAAGCCAGUCUUGCUUUUGUUGUAAACUUAGACGGCUGACUACAACAUACGUAGCUACUCGGUUAAAUGCAGUAGUAUUAGAUAGUAAUAACAAUAAAACGUCGUACCAUAUAGUCUAUUUGAUAGCAAUUUUUGGCGAAAUGGCUCA